AUGGCGACGCAAGAGGGAGCACUGCGCCAGCAGUGUGGCGACGCGACGCGCGCCUUUCUGCAGAAAGAGUACAUGACGAGCCUGUUGAUGAUAGAGAGGGGCGUCGAGCUUGCGUGCGCGGAUUCCCGGCAAGGCAUUACGCACGACGUCGUGCUCCUAGAGCGUCUUCUGGUCCUGCGUUACACUGCGAUGGUCACCGUGUAUACCAAUAGCUCUGUGCGCGAGCGUGUGAUGAAUUCGCUCGAGCACACUCCCGAGAGCCCUGAGGAUGCGCAUGCGCGCGCGCACGCCGUGCUCCAGGUGCUCCAGGCGCCGGCGGGCGCUCUGUAUACCAUGCUGUGGUACGCCAGCCUCGACGUGCUGCACGGCACGCCGAAUCCUCCGUACCCCCACACACUCGACCCGUCCGAGGAGCUUACGCCGCUGAUCUUGCGUGUGCCGGGUGCGCUGCUUACGUCGGCGAUUCUCGCGGCGUUGCGUCUCGAUACGUACGCGUCCAAAGGCCCAGCGUACGCCCGUGGCGACGCCGAAACGUCUGCGCGGGCGACGUGUGCGCGCCAGACGUGUGAGUGGUACUUUUCCGCGCUGCUUACGCCCGACGGCCAGGAGGUGUCCAAGGCCGGCGGGACGUACGAGCGCGUGCUCCGAAUCUAUACGCUCCAGGUGCUCGGCGUGCACCUCCAGGACUGGAACUAUGCACACGACUUUGUCGGCUACAGCAGCCUGCCCGAGGACGCCAAGCUGGCGCUCUUUGGCGAGAUCGAUGCGAUGCGCCAAGAGAUUGACGCACGUGCCAAGCGCGAGCGCGAGGCCCUCCAAGAGGCUCGCGCGCAGUACGAAGAAGAAAAGAAGCGGCGCGCGCAGGCCGCGCACGACGAGGCGCACAAGGCGCCUGCGCCGAGCGUCGUGCCUACCGACGAGCCUGCGCCGGCUCCUGCGCCUGUGGAGCAGGAUAGCGCACCGACGGCUCUACCCCCUCCCCCCGCGCGCCCCAGCGGCGCGUCGCUGCAGCGCACGCCGAGCAUCCGCCGCAAGGGGCGCACGGCCCGUGCGAGUGCCGAGGACGACGCGGCGAGCCACGCGGCGACGCGCGAGCACCUCCAGACCUUUUUGGCGCGCCGUCCGACCGAGGAGCCUGCCGAAGUUCCCCGCGGCCUGUCGUACGGCCACGUCCGCCACAUGCUCUUUUCGUACGUGACGCGUAAGCGCGUCCUUAUUCUUCUACUGGCGCUAGCUACACUCGCGGGCGCACUCGCCCCCCGCGCCGCCUCUUCACGGCGUCCCUCGCUCCAGUCCUGGCCACGUGUGGCCAUCCAGCGCCUUUGGGAUACGCUGCGCAUGUACGUAUUCUCGCUGCAGGCGCCGACUAACACCAUCAGGGGAACGCAGGUCACGUACUUGUAA